AUGGUUCGUUACGUGCCGCGAUUGGCCGACGGCCAGAGGGUGAGGCUGGCCUGGCCGUUGGCCCUGUUCCGCCUGAAUCACAUCUUCUGGCCGCUGGAUCCCAGCACCGGCAAGUGGGGCCGGUACCUGGACCGGGCCCUGGCCGUGCUGGGCUGCCUGAUCUUUGUGCAGCACAACGAUGCGGAGCUGCGGUACCUGCGCGCGGAGGCGUCCAACCUGAACAUGGACGCCUUUCUGACGGGCAUGCCCACCUACCUGAUACUGGUGGAGGCCCAGUUCCGCAGUCUGCACGUCCUGCUGCACUUCGAGGAGCUGCAGCGGUUCCUGCAGCGCUUCUACACCACGAUUUACAUCGAUCCCCGGGCGGAGCCGGACAUGUUCCGCCGCGUGGACGGGCAAAUGCUCAUCAAUCGCCUGGUCUCGGCCAUGUACGGAGCCGUCAUCUCGGGCUACCUCAUCUCGCCGGUCCUGUCGGUCAUCAACAGGCGCAAGGACUUUCUGUACUCGAUGGUGUUUCCCUUCGACACGGAGCCCCUGGCCGUGUUCGUGCCCCUGCUGCUGAGCAACGUCUGGGUGGGCAUCGUCAUCGAUUCGAUGAUGUUUGGUGAGACGAGUUUGCUCUGCGAGCUGAUUGUUCACCUCAACGGGCGCUACCUCCUGCUCAAAAGGGACUUGGAGGAGUCCAUUCAGAGGAUUUUGGCGGAGCGACGGCGUCCUCAGAUGGCCAGACAGUUGAAGGAGCUGAUCAUCGCAACGCUGCGCCAGAACGUGGCGCUGAAUCAGUUUGGGGAGCAGCUGGAGGCCCAGUACACGGUGAGAGUGUUCAUCAUGUUCGCCUUUGCAGCGGGCCUGCUCUGUGCGCUGUCCUUCAAGGCCUACACGAACCCCAUGGCCAACUAUAUCUAUGCGAUUUGGUUUGGGGCCAAGACUGUCGAGCUGCUGUCGCUGGGCCAGCUGGGUUCUAGCCUGGCCUACACGACGGACUCCCUCGGCUCCAUGUACUAUCACACGCACUGGGAGCAGGUCCUCGAGCAGUCCAGCAAUCCCCUGGAGACCCUGCGCCUGCUGCGGCUCAUCCAACUGGCCAUCGAGAUGAACAGCCGGCCCUUCUACGUGACGGGUCUGAAGUACUUUCGCGUCAGCCUCCAGGCGGGCCUGAAGAUACUGCAGGCCUCCUUCUCCUACUUCACGUUCCUCACCUCGAUGCAGCGUCGACAAUUGAGCAAUUAA